UUCGUAGGAAAUUGGCUACACAUAUACACAGUCAAAACAAAUACUAAUAUUUGUUCUUUGUGUUACUUUCUGUCCAAUGAAGAUGCCAGCUGCAAAUUUUGGUACUGUACUACUGACCAAUGCUUUAAAAGAAGACUGUACCAUUAAAAAUGUCUGGAAUCAUAAUCUCCAUGAAGAGUUUCAUGCUAUAAGACAGGUUGUACAAAAGUAUCAUUGGGUAGCCAUGGACACAGAAUUUCCUGGGGUAGUGGCUAGGCCCAUAGGUGAAUUUCGAUCCACUGCUGAUUACCAGUAUCAACUACUAAGGUGUAAUGUUGAUCUUCUAAGGAUUAUUCAAUUAGGACUUACAUUCAUGGAUGAAAGUGGGAAAACUCCUCCUGGCUGUACCACAUGGCAAUUUAAUUUUAAAUUCAAUUUGCAGGAAGACAUGUAUGCACAAGAUUCCAUAGAUUUACUUCAGAAUUCAGGUCUCCAAUUCAGGGAGCAUGAGGAGCAUGGAAUAGAACCACUUGAGUUUGCUGAACUUCUCAUGUCCUCGGGUAUUGUACUUAUGGAUAACAUAAAGUGGUUAAGCUUCCAUUCCGGUUACGACUUUGGGUAUUUACUGAAACUACUCACUGAUCAAAAUUUACCUCAAGAAGAAAAUGAUUUCUUUGACAGUCUCCGUCUAUACUUUCCCACAGUUUACGAUGUGAAAUAUCUGAUGAAGUUGUGCAAGAAUCUAAAGGGAGGCCUCCAGGAAGUGGCCGACCAGCUCGAACUGAGACGGGUGGGGCCUCAACAUCAAGCAGGUUCGGAUUCACACCUCACUGGAAUGGCUUUCUUUAAAAUUAAAGAGAUAUUCUUUGAUGGUAAUAUUGAAAGUACAAGUGGUCAUCUUUACGGCUUAGGAGCCCCAUUUGCGACUAACGCCAAUAACUUCCAAGAUAAUGGUGAAAAUGGAAAUUCACCCUGAUUAUUGGAGUAAGAGAAUACCAAUUCUUACACCACCGCAGCCACGCGUGAAGGUUCUCAAAAUGUGAUUGUUAUGUACCUGACAAGUAAAUAGGGAUAAUGACGGGGAAAAGCAAACUAUUUUCUGCUUAGUUCGUCAGUUUGAUUGUCAAAAAAUUAUGGACAGAUAUUUUUUCUUUGGACCACCUACCAAAAAAUGACAAAGAUGAUGAUGAUGAUCACUUCUAAGCAAAAAUUGUACCAAGACGUGACGUGGUGCGACAUAUCAAAUCAAUAUUAUCGUUUUAAUUAUGUGAAUAAAGAAAAACAUAUGCGUCCAAUACUGAAAAUGGUCAUUAUCGCUAUUGUGAAGAAAGACAUUCCAGCGAGUGUUGUAAAGGAUCCAUUCUUUUCUCCAUACAAUUCUGCCCAAUUUUGUACCUUAAGUAUUAUCAUGCAUUUGUGUGUCGAAAAAUACUCCGAAUACAUCAAAAAUAGAAAUGGAGUUUAUUACCCACUUGCACCAUAAAAAUCUCGUUCAAACAUUUAAGGUAAUGGAAACACCAUAUAUUAUAUUAUGGUGCACACACCAUUUGUUCCUUGUUAUUCACAAAUAACUACGGAAAUCACGUGAUUGAUUAAUCACAAUCAAGA